GCUUUCUCAAUCGCUGUCUCACCAGCAACCGCCGCUCCGGUAGGGUAGUUUAGCAUCAAGCUGGCUACGAAGCUAACCCGCAGAAACACUGAAAUAUCAGCUCGCUCCUGCUGGGUUAUGUGUUCCGCUUGAUUUUUUUACUGAACCUACCAGUCGUCCGAGUGACUACAUCGAAGAUGCAGUUCAUGCUGUUGUUCAGCCGGCAGGGAAAGCUGCGGUUACAGAAAUGGUACGUGCCUCUGUCAGACAAGGAGAGGAAGAAGAUCUCCAGAGAUCUGGUCCAGACAAUACUGGCCAGGAAGCCCAAGAUGUGCAGCUUCUUGGAGUGGAGGGACCUGAAGAUUGUGUACAAGAGAUACGCGAGCCUGUAUUUCUGCUGUGCUGUAGAGGAUCAGGAUAACGAGCUGAUCACCCUGGAGAUCAUCCAUAGAUACGUGGAGCUGCUGGACAAAUAUUUUGGAAGUGUGUGCGAGUUGGAUAUUAUCUUCAACUUUGAGAAGGCCUACUUUAUCCUGGACGAGUUCCUGCUGGGCGGAGAGGCCCAGGAGACGUCCAAGAAGAACGUGCUGAAGGCCAUCGAGCAAGCCGACCUGCUGCAGGAGGAGGCCGAGGCACCACGGAGCGUUUUAGAAGAAAUUGGGCUGACAUAAAUCAUCACAGCUGCUGCCUCGCAGUUCUGUCUCCCAGUUGCAGAUCUGGCAACUUCCCCCGUCUCUAUCCUGUCUUUUCCUGUUCACGGUGUCAGUGUUGUAUGUAUAUAAUCACCAUCUCUGUACUGUAUUACUCUGUACUGUACUAUCCUGUAAUGUCCUUUUUAAUGUGGUGCCAACUGUGGUGGUGUCUCCUAUGUACAAGCUCCCUCCUCACUGUGUUCUGCAGUGCUAUUCCCAUACUUCACUCUUUCCACCGACUUCUUAAAACUCCACAGACUACAAUGUAGCGAUGACAUGAAAACUCCCAGCAUCAUAUUUAACAUCAUCCAUCAUCACCGAUUGCAGAGUUGUAUGUGCUGUUUUGGCUUAAGGGACUUUCUAAGGUGCUGCUGUAGCCGCAGUUAGUGCUUCUUGUGUGUGACUAUCGCAUUCCAGUCAGAGCCGAGCAUCUGAUUUCAUGAAAAAUAAAUACUCUGAACUGAGAAGGGUGUUAAACAGUGUUAUCAAAGUACUUGCAGGAUCUUUAAAGACUUUUCUGUCCAUCUGGAUGAGAAAAAAAAAAGAAAAUUAAAGGUUUGUUUCUCAAAUUGACUUUUUUUCCCUAAUCCAGGUAAGGUGGAAAUGACAUCUCUGUUGUAAAACAGCAAAAUAUGAACACAUUAUUUUGUUUGUUGCAAGGAGAUACGUCAUUAAAGCUAUUAUCUUUGGAUUGGGAAAUAAAUCCAACUGGUUUUUGUGCAGUAAGUGGAAUAUUUUUCCAUCCAGGUGGUUCCAGUCGUCUUUGAAGACUGUAUAAUACAUUUAGUACUGAUGUAAGUGUUAAUAAAUGACCUGGUUCUGAUAAAGUGUUUAUUUUUCAAAUGAUUCGAUGCUCAGAUUUGACUCAAAUGUGCCAACGCAUGAGAAGCUCCAACUAGUGCUGCUGUGGGAAAUCACUGGCACUGUUACAAUCACUUAUAUAUGAGCUAAUUCAACCCAACCAAUGAAGCAAAAUUAAAUGAUUACCCAUAAUCAGCAUCCGUGUAUAUGUCAAGUCAGUUUGUGUUUGGUGAUUCUCCUCCAGAAAUGAACCAUUUCACGUUUCCUUUUCAAGGCUAAUUGUUUACUUUUGGUAAUUGGUAGCUGUUUUUUUGUGUGAUUAGUGUCUCGUUUUGUUAAAUCUGUCGUGUUGUCUUCAUUUUUCUGACAAUUGACUUAUUUUCCUGACAGAAAUCUGUUACACACGGAAGUUUGUAUUGACCUCUGGAGAUAAAUCUUAGGUCAGUCUCUCCCUUAGACUUAGGUGAGGAUAGGAUAGUGACCCAAAUAAAAAAAAAAGAGAGAGAUAAACACUAUUAUAUGUAUUAUGAUAGUUUGGCUUACUCUUAAAGACUAACAUAUGACCAAAGAACACUGUGUUAUACCUUCUCAAUGGUGUCUAUGAAAGGAUUACAUGGCAUAUAAAAGAGAUGUUUGAAAACGAUUAUUUGGCCUCAAUAUACCAGUAUUAUGUCAUUUUUCCAAUCCAUUUAAAGACAGGUCUAUCCUGAGUUUCUUUAUGGAGUAGGAACAGAAGAUGAUGAACUGCACAUAUCAGGGUACAUCAUUAAUAUUCAUUACUGGCAGCUUGUUAUCUUGUCAGAAGGAUGCAGGAAAACAAGCCAACAAGUAAUGAAUAGAUACUCAUCCCACAUUUUUUUAAAAGUGCAUUCUUAAAACCACAAAGUGUUUUUGUUGAGCAUUCAGAAGUAGGUAUUAAACAGGUUCAUCUUUGAUUUGUGCAAAGCUAAAAUAAAAAUCACUUUUUGUAUUAAA